GUGAACACUACAUUUCACCUCUUUCUCUCCUUUCUUCUUCUUCUUCUUCUUCUUCUUCUUCAUUUCUCUGCUUCCUCCCAACACAAACCCUAGCUUCCUCUUCCUCUUCCUCUUCCUCCUCUCACAAUGACCUCCAUUAUCCAGACCUUCCACAAGGCCUGCACAUCAAACCAUGGCCUCCCACUCUCCCACACUGACUCAUCAUCAUCCUCCCAAGAUCAAGGCCUCCGCCGAAGGCUCUCCUCUCUCUCCCUCAAAAUCCACCCCAUUACUUCCCCUGCAACAUCGUGGUCCUUCCCCCGAUCCAAAUCUAUGUCUUCAAUGGGACAAUACGCAGGCAGCUCCAUCAGGAAAUUGUGGGACUGGGGCUGGUCUUGGAUCCUCUCAAGAAAACCUGUUUUCGCUAAAGAUCUCGAAAUGAAUGAAGAAGAAACUAGGAUUCUCGGUUGCCACAACAAAGGAAGCUGGAGACAUGUUUUCUACAAAGUUAGAUCAGAGAUUAGAAAGAUUGUGAGAUCUAACGACAAAGUUGGCCUUCCUCAAACUUACAGGUAUGAUUCUUUCAGCUACUCCAAGAAUUUUGAUGAUGGAAUCAAGAUUUCUCAAUGAACCUAACCCUCAAACUCAAGAUCAUCAUCAACCACCUUUCCCUUCCAAUAAGAUUCAAGAAAGGAGAUUAUAUAUAAUAUAGGAUUUCUCUCCUUGUUGUCCGCCAUUUUCUUUCUUUCUUUCUAUCUUAAUAUUUGCCCGUCAAGCUUUUUGGUCUGCAAUUGUGUAUAGUAAUUCUGCUAUAUCAGUUUGAGGCCUCUAUUGGCUUCCGGAUCGAGUUGGCCGAGGAAUCGAACCGAAUCGAGCUCAAAUCGAUCCAGUUGAGAGAGAUAUACGAAGUUGGUGAAAUCUUGAAAUUGGGUGUUAUUUGAUGAAUGUGAUAAUGCAAUAAUUUUAAUUAGUUUGGUUAAGUGCAAAUUAAGUGUUCAUUAGUAAUAGAGAUAAAGCAUUAUUGUUAUUAUUUUGUUGUUGUUAUUAUGUAUUAUUCAUUGUUUAAUUUGUAUUUGUUUUACAAUAUAAUUGUGUAAUUAAUAAUAUUAAUUGCAUUUUCUUGUUCAUAUA